AUUAUAGAGCAAAAAAUAUAUUUAUUCAAAAUUAAAUAUCGGGUCGAAUCUAUUUAAAUUAAAAUAUAUAAAAUCAGUUUCAAAUUCAUUAAUAGCUAUAUACUACGUGUUUGGAUAUCUUGGGGUUAAUUUUUUUUUUUUUACUUUUUCUUUUUCGAGAAGGGUAUCUCGUGAUUACAUAGUAUUUAUAGCAAUAAUAAUUUUAGUCUCUAUAUAUGUAUUUAAAUAAUGAUAUAUAUAAAUAUAUAUAUUUAUCUUAAUAUAAUUAUCCGUCACAUAAAGUGUGUGGUAUAUAAAUAGAGACUAAACCGAGCACCAAUCAAGGAGAGGCAUAGAUUAACAUCCAUAGAGCAAGGAGAUAUUUUUGAGAAAAUUAUCAGUGAAAGAGAAACACAGAGAGAGAUGGGAGAUAUCGGUGGCACUAACGAGUCUCUUGUGAACAUGCCCACCAUCAAAUUUACCAAGCUCUUCAUUAAUGGACAAUUUGUUGAUUCAAUUUCAGGGAAAACAUUGGAGACAAUAGAUCCUAGAAACGGAGAGGUAAUAGCAAGGGUUGCAGAAGGAGACAAGGAAGAUAUUGAUUUGGCUGUCAAAGCAGCACGAGCUGCUUUCGACCAUGGUCCUUGGCCUCGCAUGUCUGGCACUGAACGAGGAAAGAUUAUGAUGAAGUUUGCAGACUUAAUUAGCCAAAACGUUGAAGAACUAGCGACUUUGGACAGCCUUGAUGCUGGGAAAUUAUUUAGUGUGGGGAAGAGCAUAGACAUUCCUGGGGCCGCAGCGACCGUCAGAUACUACGCGGGCGCUGCUGACAAAGUCCACGGUGAGGUUCUGAAGAUGUCGCGUCCACUCCAUGGAUACACAUUGCUUGAACCCAUUGGUGUUGUUGGACACAUCAUUCCCUGGAAUUUCCCAAGCACCAUGUUUUCUCUUAAGGUCAGCCCUUGCUUAGCCGCCGGUUGCACUAUGAUCGUCAAACCCGCCGAGCAAACUCCCCUCUCCGCUCUCUAUUAUGCUCAUCUCGCCAAACUGGCUGGUAUACCUGACGGAGUGCUGAAUGUGGUAACUGGGUUUGGACCAACUGCUGGUGCUGCCAUUAGCUCUCAUAUGGACAUUGACAAGGUAAGUUUUACUGGGUCAGGAGAGGUAGGACGUGAAAUAAUGAAAGCAGCAGCAGCUAGCAAUUUGAAACAAGUAUCACUAGAAUUAGGAGGCAAGUCACCUAUCAUCAUUUUUGAUGAUGCUGAUAUAGAAAUGGCUUCUGAACUUGCUCUUAUGGGAAUCUUAUUUAACAAGGGAGAAGUUUGCGUAGCAACAUCUCGUUUGUACGUUCAAGAAGGAAUAUACGAUGAGCUUGUAAAGAAGUUGGUUGAGAAGGCAAAAGCUUGGGCUGUUGGAGACCCUUUUAAUCCUGAAGUUCGUCAAGGACCCCAGGUUGACAAAAGACAGUUUGAAAAAAUUCUAAGCUACAUUGAGCAGGGAAAGAAAGAAGGAGCAACUUUGUUAACUGGUGGUAACCGUGUAGGAGACACUGGAUAUUACAUUCAGCCAACCAUAUUUGCCGAUACUAAGGAGGACAUGCAAAUUGUAAAGGACGAAAUAUUCGGUCCUGUCUUGGCGCUCAUGAAGUUCAAGACUGUUGAGGAGGCAAUAGAGAGAGCUAACAAGACAAGGUAUGGACUAGCCGCAGUGGUUGUGACAAAUAACUUAAAUGUGGCGAAUACGGUUUCAAGAUCAGUGAGAGCCGGGUCAGUAUGGAUCAAUUGCUACCUCGCAAUCGAUAAUGAUUGCCCCUUCGGUGGAUACAAAAUGAGUGGUUUUGGUAAAGAUUUCGGCAUGGACGCUCUCCACAAGUAUCUUCAAGUUAAGGCAGUUGUUACUCCUCUUUAUAACUCUCCUUGGCUCUGAAACAUAUAUAUAUAUAUAUCUUUCAAUAUGUAAUAAUAUUAAUUAUUGCUUUAAUGGCAAUGUUAAUUUUAUUAAUAUUUUUAUGUAAUUUUAUAAUUAAAAUGUUGAUUUAAUAAAAACGUAUACUGUGUGUUUUCUCUU